UUCAAUCAAAAAAAUAUAUAAUAAGAUAUUGAUAUAAGCGCAAUAUUUCAAGCACAAUAACUGCUAAAAUAAGAUUACCGCUAAAACAUGAACGUUUACAGUAUAAGUUUUAAGUAUUGUGUAUGUGUGUGAUGCUGGUAUUAACUAUUCACAUCCUCGAGAUUUCAGGGUUUACGCUAUAUUGUGUUCUCUGCUCCCUUGACAUAUUGACAGGAUUAUAGAGAAUGUAAAAGAACGUACCCCAAAAACUUCGAGGAUGAACUAUGCACGGCUACUGCAGUAUUUGUUUUUAAGUUUUCUUUGUAGGAAGUUACCUAUCUAUUUGUCUUCUACCCGACUGUUGUAUAGAUUAGUACUUGAGGUGAGGCUAUAUCCUGACCUCGCCGAUAUCACACACAUACGGUGACAGGUAGUGAUUAUAUAACCCGAUAACGUGACGAUAGUGUGUGUACCAGAUCGCACUGUCAACUUAUAAACACAUCAGUAUGUCCUCGGUUGCUGAGUACAAGUUUGAUGAAAACUUUGAAGUCACGGCGGAGGUAAAACGUGACUUUGACGAAUAUGGGUAUAUUUUGCUUAGGGGAGUACUGGAUAAAGAGGAACUCUCUAUGGUAGAGGGAACUAUAAAGGGAUCGGAUGCCAUCACUAAGUAUUUAUAUUAUGAUAAGGAAUAUGAAGGGAAGAAGACAGACAAAGUCAUGUGGUCUCACCCGGGAUCUGACGUCACUGGAAUGGUGGCCAGGAGUGAGAAACUAGCAGGAAUUAUGGAAAAGUUGCUUGGAGGAGAGGUAUACCAUUACCACACCAAACUGAUGAUGAAGGAAGCCGGAACAGGAGCCAGACACGUGUGGCACCAGGACUACGGGUAUUGGUAUCACAAUGGCUGUCUGUUCCCAGACAUGGGUACUGUAUUUCUGGCAUUGGAUCCAUGUAGGAGAGAAAACAGUUGUUUACAGGUUUUACGUGGUUCACACAAAUGUGGCCGAAUUGAGCACAAGCCUGUGAGGGAACAGUAUGCUGUGGAUGAGGAGAGGAGGGUCGAGAUAGCGCAACACUAUCCACAUCAGUACAUCGAGAUGGAGGCAGGGGAUGCCCUUUACUUUCAUUGUAACCUGAUCCACUCGAGCAGUGACAAUACCAGUAGCAGGAGGAGGUGGGCCUUCCUGACAGCCUACAACAGAGCCAGUAACAACCCCGUUAUAGAACACCAUCACCCUCAGUACACACCGCUAGACAAGGUACCCAACUCGGCCAUAAAGGAAUGCGCAAACUAUACAGAUAUGGAGGGGAAAAUUUUCCUUGACCCCAAGAGAGAUGCUUCAAUCAAGACAAAUUUCAGGACAAUCAGUCAAGCAUGAAAUACGUACCAAAUCAUGAGAAGAUUUUUGGAAGAAAUGUUCACUAAGGAGAGAAUAACAUGACAUGAUUUCGACACGGGAUGUUAAAUGAAUAUCGACCUAAUUAAUCGUCCGUCAAAUAUAUAUUUUUUCUACAACACGUACCAAUCAAUACCUAUCUUUUUGUCAGAUUUUCUCAGAUUGUAUCAUCAUUCCUCAAUAAAUUAAUCGUGAAAUUA